CGGGGCUUCGGGGGGGGAGCCGAGCCCGGCCCGGGAAUCCUAGCAGCUAGAGUGCGGGGUACCUAGGCCCCUCACACUGGACUCCACAGUCUCCGGGCCGCCUGAUUUCCGCACGGGUAUAUGGGAUGGAAGCGGGACCCUCGGGAGCAGCUGCAGGCGCAUACCUGCCCCCUCUGCAGCAGGUGUUCCAGGCACCUCGAAGGCCUGGCAUUGGCACAGUGGGGAAACCAAUCAAGCUCCUGGCCAAUUACUUUGAGGUGGACAUCCCUAAGAUUGACGUCUACCACUACGAGGUGGAUAUCAAACCAGAUAAGUGUCCUCGCAGAGUCAACCGGGAAGUGGUGGAAUACAUGGUCCAGCAUUUCAAGCCUCAGAUCUUUGGUGAUCGCAAGCCCGUGUAUGAUGGAAAGAAGAACAUUUACACUGUCACAGCACUGCCCAUUGGCAAUGAACGGGUUGACUUUGAGGUGACAAUCCCCGGGGAAGGGAAGGAUCGAAUAUUCAAGGUCUCCAUCAAGUGGCUAGCCAUUGUGAGCUGGCGCAUGCUGCAUGAGGCCCUGGUCAGUGGCCAGAUCCCUGUUCCCCUGGAGUCUGUGCAAGCCCUUGAUGUGGCCAUGAGACAUCUGGCAUCCAUGAGGUACACCCCUGUGGGCCGCUCCUUCUUCUCACCGCCUGAGGGCUACUACCACCCGCUGGGGGGUGGGCGCGAGGUCUGGUUCGGCUUUCACCAGUCUGUGCGCCCUGCCAUGUGGAAGAUGAUGCUCAACAUUGAUGUCUCAGCCACUGCCUUCUACAAGGCACAGCCGGUGAUUGAGUUCAUGUGUGAGGUGCUGGACAUCAGGAACAUAGAUGAGCAGCCCAAGCCGCUCACGGACUCUCAGCGUGUGCGCUUUACCAAGGAGAUCAAGGGCCUGAAGGUAGAAGUGACCCACUGUGGACAGAUGAAGAGGAAAUACCGUGUGUGUAAUGUUACACGCCGCCCUGCCAGCCAUCAGACGUUUCCCUUGCAGCUGGAGAGUGGACAAACUGUGGAGUGCACAGUGGCACAGUAUUUCAAGCAGAAAUAUAACCUUCAGCUCAAGUAUCCCCACCUGCCCUGCUUGCAAGUUGGCCAGGAACAAAAGCAUACCUACCUGCCCCUGGAGGUCUGUAACAUUGUGGCUGGGCAGCGCUGCAUUAAGAAGCUGACCGACAAUCAGACUUCGACCAUGAUAAAGGCUACAGCUAGGUCGGCCCCAGACAGACAGGAGGAGAUCAGCCGCCUGAUGAAGAAUGCCAGCUACAACCUAGAUCCCUACAUCCAGGAAUUUGGGAUCAAAGUGAAGGAUGACAUGACGGAGGUGACAGGACGAGUGCUGCCGGCGCCCAUCUUGCAGUAUGGCGGCCGGGUGAGCAGGAACCGGGCCAUUGCCACACCCAAUCAGGGUGUCUGGGACAUGCGAGGGAAGCAGUUCUACAAUGGGAUUGAGAUCAAAGUCUGGGCCAUCGCCUGCUUCGCACCCCAAAAGCAGUGUCGAGAAGAGGUGCUCAAAAACUUCACAGACCAGCUGCGGAAAAUUUCCAAGGAUGCAGGGAUGCCCAUCCAGGGCCAGCCUUGCUUCUGCAAAUAUGCGCAGGGGGCAGACAGCGUGGAGCCCAUGUUCCGGCAUCUCAAGAACACGUACUCUGGACUACAGCUCAUUAUUGUCAUCCUGCCAGGGAAGACGCCAGUGUAUGCUGAGGUGAAACGUGUUGGAGACACACUUUUGGGAAUGGCUACACAGUGUGUGCAAGUGAAGAACGUGGUGAAGACCUCACCUCAAACUCUGUCCAACCUCUGCCUGAAGAUCAAUGUCAAACUUGGUGGCAUAAACAACAUCCUAGUCCCACACCAGCGCUCUGCAGUCUUUCAACAGCCAGUGAUAUUCCUGGGAGCAGAUGUUACACACCCCCCAGCAGGGGAUGGGAAAAAACCGUCUAUCACAGCAGUGGUAGGCAGUAUGGAUGCCCACCCUAGCCGUUAUUGUGCCACUGUUCGGGUGCAGCGACCUCGGCAGGAGAUCAUUGAAGACUUAUCGUACAUGGUGCGUGAGCUGCUGAUCCAGUUCUACAAGUCCACCCGCUUCAAGCCUACUCGUAUCAUCUUCUACCGAGAUGGGGUUCCUGAAGGCCAGCUCCCUCAGAUCCUCCACUAUGAGCUGCUGGCCAUUCGUGAUGCCUGCAUCAAACUGGAAAAGGACUACCAGCCUGGGAUCACUUAUAUUGUGGUGCAGAAACGCCAUCACACCCGCCUUUUUUGUGCUGACAAGAAUGAGCGAAUUGGGAAGAGUGGUAACAUCCCAGCUGGGACCACUGUGGAUACCAACAUCACGCACCCAUUUGAGUUUGACUUCUAUCUGUGCAGCCACGCAGGCAUCCAGGGCACCAGUCGACCAUCCCAUUACUAUGUCCUUUGGGAUGACAACCGUUUCACAGCAGAUGAGCUCCAGAUCUUGACAUACCAGCUAUGCCACACUUAUGUACGAUGCACACGCUCUGUCUCUAUCCCAGCACCUGCCUACUAUGCCCGCCUGGUGGCUUUCCGGGCACGAUAUCACCUAGUGGACAAGGAGCAUGACAGUGGAGAGGGGAGCCACAUAUCAGGGCAGAGCAAUGGGCGGGACCCCCAGGCCCUGGCCAAAGCCGUGCAGGUUCACCAGGAUACUCUGCGCACCAUGUACUUCGCUUGAAGGCAGAACGCUGUUACCUCACUGGAUAGAAGAAAGUUUUCCAAGCCCCAAGAGCUAUGCCACCCAAAUCCAGAGGAAUCAGGGAGGAGGGAGGUGGGGUAGGGAGGAGUGCAGAAGGCCUUGUUUCCUUCUACAGAUGGGACAAAAGGGUGGGGAACAGGGCCAGUAAGCCAGACCACCAGCCAGAAAUUUCUGAUAUUCACCUCAUACCCUUCACCCCAUCUUGUCACAUCUGACCCUGACCCCACUGGACCAAGACGGGCAGCACCAGUGCCCACCAUACACACAGGUGUCUCACGUGACUCAGUGCUAAAGACUCAUGCUGACAGCUUGGUAAGGUCGGCUCGGCUCUACAUUCCUGUGGACAAAAGCUGGUAGGUUUGGGUUUGAUACUUUAGAUGGGAAAGUGAGGGGCUUGAAAAAGUGGGUGGGAGGAGGGAAGGAUUUUUUAGGAGCCUUAAUCAGAAAAGGUCUAGAUUUGUUUAAGAAGAAAAACGAAACCAGACCCAGAUCAAUAUUUUAGGAUACAAGAUGUUUUAAUGGGUUAAGAAUCCAGUUUGUAGGAAGAUUUUUUAAUGCUAAUGAUUUUGGUUGCUCCUCCCCCUGCUGCCACCCCCCUUUCCCUAUUCCUUUCUUUCCAAUUUUCCUACCCUACCUUACACCUCCCUGACAGACAUCCAGCCCCGAAUAAGACUUAAGGCACUAUGGCACUUAGCUCUGAAGUGACACAACCCUGUCUUCCUUCCGCCUGCUGGUGGGUAACCAGUGCCUUCCCUGUAACGGUAAUGCUGCAGAACUGCAACCUUUUGUACCUUUCUUUGGGGGGAUGGGGUAGGGGUGGGACAGGAGGUAAAUGGGGAAGAAAUACUCCUAACCCAACAAGCCUCCAGCCAGAGCGCCAACUAUUUGCAUUUAAAGCAAUUGACUUCCAUAUUCAUUGAGCUUUUAAAAAUAUUAUAACCUCAAGAUGGUUAAAAUCCAUUGACAUUUGCACUUUCAGACCUGACAAGUCUAUGGAGCUGCUGAGAUGACUGGCUAUGCCUCCUUUCUUCCCUGUCCUACCCUGACCCUCCCACCUGCCUGGGUCUGGAGUUACUUACAUAGUUUUUCUCACUCUUGGCUUCUUUUUCCCAAAUGGUCAAGUCUCUUAUGUUUCAAUAUUUUUAAAUUGGGGUGUCUUAUAACAAACGAUCCUUAGGUCUAAAAUAAGAAAAAAGAGCAAAAACUAAAUGCUAUUUUUAUACCAUAACUUGAGUUUAUUGCCAAAAUCUUGAUAUCCUUCCAAUGCCCAAUGAGUUUACAUCCCAGAAACAUUGAGCCAUUAAAAAGAACAAUGUACCUGACUUGUUCUUUGGCCUGGCUAAGUAAGGGUGGUUGUCUCCCCAAUGUGGGGCUCAGGCUUCAUCUUUCCUCUGUGCAGAAAAUACCUUUUUCUUGCUACAGGCUCCCUCCUCUGCACUGCCCUCUGCCCUGCACUCUUUUCUGCAAGUGCAUCUUCCUCUCCCUCUGGAUUGUCCUCUGACACUUUGGCUUAUCCCAGAUUCCAGUGUGUCCUGUGAAUAGUCUGGGGGAUUUUGCUGCUCCCUUUUGCUUCUGUUUACACAAAUGAAAUUUUCCUGGUUUCCCACUAGGGCAUGUGAGUGGGUGGCAUGGGCUUUUUUUUUUUUUUUUUUUUUU